AGAACAUUUCUGGUUCCUGUUGUCUUGCUAGCGGUAGCGGCAUGUCCACAGUGUAUCUAGCUAGCUAACAGAUAAAAGUACACAGUUUGAGUUCCCUUUGAAACUGUGUUUCAUGAACACAGAAAUAAGAAAUCCCAUUACAAUUUAAACUUCUGUAGAAAGACACCGCCUGGCUUUAGGUCACCGCUCUGCCCAGCAUGUCCUACCCCCCUCACCUCAACCGCCAGCAGAUCGGCAUUCCCCAGUUGCCCCCGAGGAUCGCACCCCCUCAGUAUGCCGGUUUUCCAACAGCAGUCCCCCCGGGCACUCCAAUGAUUCCAGUACACAUGGGCAUUAUGACCUCUCCACCUACAGUUCUCGUUCCAACCACGGUGUCGAUGGUGCAGAAACCCCCCGCCCCCAGGAAAGACCUUAACACCGUCAGAGCCAAGGAGGGGGACGAGACCGCCAGCGGAGGGCCAACCACCACAGUGUUUGUCGGGAAUAUCUCGGAAAAGGCCUCCGACAUGUUAGUCCGACAGCUGUUAGCGAAAUGUGGCAUCGUCCUAAGCUGGAAGAGAGUCCAGGGAGCCUCUGGGAAACUUCAAGGUAAAAACAAAACAGCGUUCGGCUUCUGUGAGUACAAGGAGCCCGAGUCCACGCUGAGGGCCCUCCGGCUGCUGCACGAGCUGCAGCUAGGAGACAAGAAGCUGCUGGUCAAGGUGGAUGCCAAGACCAAGGCCCAGCUGGACGAGUGGAAGGCCAAGAAGAAAAGUGCAAACGGGGGCGCCAAGUCGGAGGAAGGCCCGAAGGACGAGGAGGAUGAAGAGGACGAGGUGCUGGAUGAGGACACGAAGAGGCGUGACCUGAUAGUGAAUGGUGCUAUAGAGGGGCUCAUCCGUGAGUACGCCAGUGAGCUCAACGCCCCCUCGCUGGACUCAGACAGCCACCCCCGCAAGAAGAGGAAGGAGAAGAAGGAGGAGGAGGAUAUCAAUGCCAUCGAAAUGGAGGAUGACAAGAGAGACUUGAUAUCCAGAGAGAUCAGUAAAUUCCGGGACACGCACAAGAAGCUGGAGGAGGAGAAGGGCAAGAAGGAGAAGGAGCGCCAGGAGAUCGAGAAGGAGAGGCGGGAGAGGGACAAGGAGAGGGAGCGCGAGAGGGAGCGCCGCGACCGCGAGAGGGAGAAGGAGCGCGAGAAGGAGCGCGAGAAGGACAAGGAGCGCGAGAGGGACCGCGACCGGGAGCGCGAGAGGGAGCGCGAGAGGACGAAGGAGCGCGAGAGGGAGCGCGACCGGGAGAGGAGCCGCGACGUCAGCGAGGGCCGCAGUCGCUCCAGGGAGCGGAGCCGAGACGAGAAGAAGCGCGAGGAGGAUGAGGAGGACGUGUACGAGCGGCGCCGGCUGGAGCGGAGGCUGAGGGACAAGGAGGCAGCCUACCAGGAGCGUCUGAAGAACUGGGAGAUCAGGGAGCGGAAGAAGGCUCGGGACUACAGCAAAGACGCAGAGAGGGAGGGGGAGAGGCGCCGCGACAUGACAAAAGAAGCCAAGCGUCUGAAAGAGUUCCUGGAAGACUACGACGACGACAGAGACGACCCCAAAUACUACAGGGGCAGCGCGCUGCAGAAGAGGCUGCGCGACCGCGAGAAGGAGACGGAGCUGGACGAGCGAGACAGGAAGCGGGAGAGAGAGGAGAUGGAGGAGAUCAGACAGAGGCUCCUGGCCGAGGGCCACCCAGACCCCGACGCCGAGCUGCAGAGGAUGGAGGAGGAAGCAGAGCGGCGGCGGAGGCCCCCGGUAAAGCUGGAGCCGGAGGAGCCCCCCCAGGAGAAGCCGCCCCGGGACCAGCGCAGGCCCCCUGCCCGGGCUCCCGAGCCCCCCGCCCGCACGCCCAAGCCCCGCACAGAGCAGGACCACGACCAGGACCAGGACCAGGACCAGGACGAGGGCGAGGAGGACGACUACCACGAGGCGGAGGACGCGGACGAGCCCAAGCCACACCUCAAACCCACCCUCCGGCCAAUCACAGCGGCCCCCUCGGUGUCCUCGGGCAGUGGGGGCGCCACCCCCAACACGCCCGGCAAUGAGUCGCCCUGCGGCAUCAUCAUCCCUCACGAGAACUCUCCAGAAGCCCCGCCCGCUGAGGAACACAGGCCCAAGAUAGGCCUCAGCCUCAAACUGGGUGCGUCCGGCAGUCCCAACCAGCCCAACGUGGCCAAGCGCAAGAAGCUGGCGCCGGUCGACAGCGUCUUCAACAAGUUCGAGGACGAGGAGACGGACGAGCAGCCGCGCAGGAGGAAGCUGGUGCCGCUGGACUACGGCGACGACGACAAGAGCCUGGGCCUGGACGGGGCGGAGAUGCCCGGGGCCAAGGGCAGCGCCAACACGGAGGAGAAACGCAAGCACAUCAAAAGCCUGAUCGAGAAGAUCCCCACGGCCAAACCGGAGCUCUUCACCUACCCCCUGGACUGGACCAUGGUCGACUCGACUCUGAUGGAUCGUCGCAUUAAGCCCUGGAUCAAUAAGAAGAUCAUCGAGUACAUCGGAGAGGAGGAAGCAACGCUGGUUGACUUUGUCUGUUCAAAGGUGAUGGCUCACAGUACACCCCAGGGGAUUCUGGAUGACGUUGCCAUGGUUCUGGACGAGGAAGCGGAGGUCUUCAUCGUCAAAAUGUGGAGGUUGUUGAUAUAUGAAACCGAAGCAAAGAAGAUUGGACUGGUGAAAUGAAGAGGCACUACUGGAGGGAAAAGGACCGUUUUUUUUUCUCUGGCUCAUUCUUUACUACUCUGACCUAUCACACCACCCAGAACUCCCUUCUGAUGGACCUUCCCCAUUCCACCAGCAAGGAGCUGCUGCUGUGUACGUGUUUGCAAGAGAGACCGAAUGUGAAUGUUUGCUCAAGCUUGUUGCAUGGUGUCAGUUUCGUUGGACUCGGGUCUUUGAUUGAGGAGACGGUUGAGACAAAGCCAGUUGUGCGUUUUUACCCAUUUCUGCUCCACUGUGUCAGACACAUUCUGCUUUAUUAUUUAGUAUUGUCAAGGUGGAAAAAACUAUGUUGUGAACUAAUGAAUAAAAACCUUUUUAGAAAA